CUUCACAGAGCAGCGGAAAUUCAAGGUCCUACGAACAGCCACCAUGGUGGCUCUUCCUCUUUUCCUCUUCUUUGUCCUCUUGCCCUGCAGUGAAUCCCAGGAGGACUUUCUGGACCAGCAUCAGAAAUGGAACUACAGAGAAGGUGCUGACAAGGUCAACAUAGAAGGCAUUAACAGCAUUACUCAAACACUUGAGAAAUGGGGAAAUGGCAUCUUCUGGCAAAUGAAACACACCCUGCUCAACAACCCAAAUGCUUUACUGCCCGAGUUCUCCAGUCUCCGUCCUGUCUCCGCAGCUGUGGACAAUCUCGUGAGGGAAGUCCAGUCUAUAAGGAAAAGGCUAGAAGAACUGAAUGAACGUCUCAAUGUCAUCAGCAAAACUGUCCUUCCCAUCCGACUGAAUGCUCUGCAGAGCCAGAGGCGUGGAAAUACUCAGCUGCGGAGACUUCCGAUGCAUAGGAGAAGGUUGUAUGCUCGCAGGAGACCUCAGAGGAGUUGAUUCUCUACCAGAAAAGAAGGCAAAGCUUUGUUUUUUUCAUCUGCUUAAGCCUUUCUCCAUGGGACGCUGCUAGAGGGAAUAAAGUAAAGCACAUACAAGUCAGCUUUACUAAGGAGACCAGAACUUCUGCAUUUUGUUGCUGCCUUUCAAACCUAGGUCAGUAGAUGAAAGCUGACCCUGUUCUUCAGAGAUGGACGUUUUGUGUCCCAAGCAGAAUGAGCUGACAAGCUCAGUCUACUUGAGCGUGAAUACCUUCAGGCUAUACAGUCAUUCUUUCUGCUUACCAGAGGAAGCUCUUUCUAUCAAGAUCAGGUGAAUUUCUCCCUCUGUCCUAUUUUUAUAGCAUUCCAUCUGACACAGCUGGGGAAUUUGAUCUUCAAAAGUGCUGAAUGCCUGAUGAAUGCAGAAAGAUAGAUUAGUGCUUGGCAUUUCCAGCUGGGCAGGGAGGGGGAGAGGAAGCUAUGUUUUAAAAUGCAGCCUUAAUCUAUUCCCUGUCAGUGCAAAGAAUGCCCCAUUCACAUGUUCAGAGGGUGGGUAGAGUUGGAUAACCUUGGUCUGUGCAUCAUGUUUCGAGACUGAAGAUGUGUCAGAUUCUAGGGGACCAAAUUUGAACAUCUAUCUUCUGCAAAGAGGGUUUUUUUAGCUACCUGGAACUGGGCACUCAAAACCUUGUUAUUCAGCAGGUAUGUUCAGAAUUUCCAGCACUCUGAAAGACAUCGCAUUGACUUCUGCCAAGACCCGUGGAAACCAGGGGAUGUUUUUUCUAAAUUAUUUAGAUACCUAAUGACAUAGAUAGGUGUCUAGAAGGAUUUUCCAAAAUAGCUGAAGAGACAGUUCAGUCCCCAAAAUCACAGAUAAUAAUUCAAUUGGUGACUAAUUUGUAGACUAUCUUCUCCACAUGCAAGCACUGACCUCCAGACAUUUUCCAACAUCCUUUAGCACAAUUAAGAUCUGUAGAAAAACAGUAACUGUGCAACUCAAGGAUUUUGGUGCCUCAGGAAGUACCCAGAAUACCCCACCUUCAGCUCCUCUUUGCCUAUGGCUUCCUGAUGAUAGAACUGGUGAUAAAAAACAGCGCAGAAAUCAAAUUAUGCACUGAACAGACGAUAGAGUGAACUUGCCCUUCAGGUCUCUAAAGGUAAAUCCAGCAUUGCAGCUAACUGCAUACCUGAAAUCUGUUGAAACAUAGGCAGGAGAGUCAGAGACAAAAAUAAACUAUUUUUUUUAAAGGUCUGGAUGAAGCAUUUUAUAAGAACAAAAAUAAAGAAUGGAUUAUGUCUAAAUGGUUGUGGAGGAGGCUAGCAUGACAGUUGUUUUGCAAACAGUCUCCAGUCAUAAACAGUGAGGAUGCAGACUAGCUAUUUAAGGAUUCCCAAGGCCUGAGUUUAUGGAAAGAAGUUCAGUGACACUACAAUAACCUCCAGAGGGAAAGGGGAAAAACUAGUUUCAUAUGAAAUAUUUCAAAAUGAACCAGAAGAACUAACACAGUCAGCAUUUUGGCUGUGACCUGGAAGUUGAGUGGGGAAGGUAUGAGAGUGUAUGAAACAAUCUGAUAAAUAUUUCCCGGAUGUAAAUUCUCUGAGUUCAGGUUUUCAGAAAAUAACAGAACUCUAGCUUGGAAGGUCUUUCUUUGGCAUUUGCUUGGGAAUUUGAAACAAGGGAAACUCAUUAACUAGACAAUGGAAAAAUCAAGCCAGUGAAAAGGCUGAUAAAAAGAUACAGUUGUGCCUUUGGUGAAGUUGUCAUCAUAAUUUCUCAGGAAAUGUAGAGUAUUUUGAUCCCAGAAUAUCUUUACCUAAAUUACAAGGAAUAACAGGAGAGACAGGCCCCAUCAACCUCCUCCUUGUUAUUCUGCAUUCAGAGCUACUAGGCUGUGCUGUAGCACCAGCUGCACACUUGCACAGACUGCUGGUCCCUCCGGGGGAUGCUUUAUGCACUUUGCUUGGGGCUGUAGGGACUGCUGGUCACUUUGGCCUAUCUAGAAGAAGAAUACAACAUAAACGUCAGCUUUCAUGUUCAUAUUUUAGACAUGAACAUUUUAUCAGGCAACCUGAAGUUGUAUAAAAUCCAACAUGAAACAGAAAGGUAAGACUUCUGGGUCAGGGAAUUCCCUCAGUCACAGAUGGCUGGAGGUGGGAGGCCACCACCAGCUUCUGCCAGGGACAGAGGACUGGGCAAGAUGGACCUCUGCUCUGACCCAGUCCAUGUAUUCCUAUACUGAUAUGUGCAAGUUGGUAUUUUUGGCAAAAUUCCUCAGCUCAAUGGAGAAACUCACUGUUUUAAAAGAGAACAAAUAAGCUGCAGCACACAAUGUAUAUUACGAUUUUGCAAUUUCUUGUAUAAUGGUGAAUAAACCAAAUGAUAUAAAUGGUUAAUAGAUGACUAGA